AUGCCGCGGUUGUUAGGCCUAUUAGCUUUAAUCACUUCUGUACAUUGCCAAUUGGACUGUGAUAUUUUAGAUCCAGCUUGUAGAGCCUUAUAUAGAAAUGGAGGAAGGCAUGAUUUGCGACGGAGAGUGAAAAGUCACUGCAAUUAUCAGGAUAUUUGGUUGAUACCAGGUCGAGCAGAUGCGUCCUGCACACGACCUGGUGCCAAAAGAGUACUAGAAAUCAAUCCUGGCCAGGUUAGAAUCAAACCAGACGUGGUGCGGCUGCCUGGCUGUUUUACACUUGAAAUCAAGAACUUACGAGUGAAAGACGACCCUGACAUUAUUGGCAACUCGUUCUUUGCCAAAGCAGAGUAUCAGUGGUGGAAUGUGAAGGAUUUCUCAAAUUUGAAAUGUCAGAAUGCUUCAAAUAAUGGUUGUGGUGGUUAUGGGAAUAACUGUUACUACUGUGACGUAUGUCAGUCAUUGUCCGAAAUCGAUAACGGCGAUGCCGAAAUGUCUGAUUCCAUAGCGAAUCAACUGCGAGGGAUCAGUUGUCCGCAACGGCCAGGCUUCUAUACUUUUAGAAAAGAGUUUUGCUUUAAUGACUGGAGCGCUUUCGAUACCGAUGGCGACUGUGAGAUGGAUUUCUUACAAGGCGAUAAAGGUGACUACAAAGGUGCCCUGUCAAGUUUGCAACAAGUUGGCUACGGCUCGGUUAUUGCAAAGAUUCGUCUGGCAUUCAAUGCAACUGGGAAUAUUGAACGGAAACGGCUACUGAAAGAAGCUCAAAUUGAGGAAAGCGUGGCCAGGGAACUUGAAGAACGUCGACGUACUUGGGAUGUCAACAACGGUCAAUUUGACAAGUUUAGUCAGUGGUACAUCGAAUACCGAAAGAACAUCUGGCAUAAAGAUGACUAUCUACCAUGGCUGCUGUACGAGAACGAGAUCUCUUGCCUUAAACUAACGUUUGACGUCUGCGAGAAACCACCGCGCCGAAUCAACUUCGGUGGACGUAUUAGAUAUACAUGCGAAAACUAG